CUAUUGCAAAAUCAUACAAACUCUCCUCUUCGCUUGCAUUUGCUUCGCUUAAGCGCUCAAACUCCCUUCGCUAACCGACAUGGCGCUCAGCAACUACGUCUUCGGCAACAGCGCGGCGGACCCUUUCUUCACCGAAAUGGACCGCGCAGUCAACCGCAUGAUUAACAACGCACUGGGAGUGGCGCCCACCUCAGCCGGCAAGGCGGGCCACACGCACGCGCCUAUGGACAUCAUCGAGUCUCCCACCGCUUUCGAGCUGCACGCCGAUGCCCCCGGCAUGGGACCCGACGACGUCAAAGUGGAGCUGCAGGAGGGAGUCCUCAUGGUGACCGGCGAGCGCAAGCUGUCUCACACCACCAAGGAGGCCGGCGGCAAGGUGUGGCGCAGCGAGCGCACCGCCUACAGCUUCAGCCGCGCCUUCAGCCUGCCGGAGAACGCCAACCCGGACGGCAUCACCGCCGCCAUGGACAAGGGAGUGCUGGUGGUCACCGUGCCCAAGCGCGAGCCGCCGGCCAAGCCCGAGCCCAAGCGCAUCGCCGUCACUGGCGCCUAGUGGCGUGACCCAUUCGCCUGGGUAGGGCGUUAAUGAGGCGGGCGCCCAAGGCAGGCUGGGGCAAUGGAUCGCAUGGAUGGACGGGGCGGGAUGGGGCGCUCCAGGGAAAGCUGGGCGCUGCAUGUGUGGGUGAUGACCGGUGCUGGUAUGCGGGUGGUGCGGUGCGAUUGAGGCGUGAGGAUGACGGGCAGUUGGUGGUGCCCGUACGAGUUGAGUGGGUAGUUGUUGUGGCUAGUGGCAGGCUGGGGAACGGGGUGCCACGGGCGUGUGUAUGUGCCGGCUGUGUUCGUUGACACGAGCAGUGACGCUCACUUGCGUGGGCCGGCAAGCCCCACAACAUUGACUUUGUGGCUCCGUAGAGACUUCAUGCCGGGCUGAAUCUGCUAUAUGUUUGUGUACUAUCAAAUUGUGGCCCGCCUUGAGGUCCGGGUGUGCGGGCAAGGCAUGGCAACGCGCAUUGCAUCGUGCUGGGCGCAAACCUCCCUAGUGUUUCAUUCAUGUCGUGCCGCACAUUCUUAGGCCUGCAUGCCGAAGUACAUACGUGAUUAGUAACGGCCAUUGGUACACCGAGAGACGCAAUUGCGAUGCGCGCGCAUAUAUGGGGCCCAAGCAGGGUAGUACUGUUGCAAUAAUAAAUGUAACGGACGGACUUG